CGAGUUAACUUUGACGAGUUGACUGAAGCUUGGCGAGCGAGCGAGGGACAGCCGGCAGGGCCAGGUUUAACAUGCCAGCCAUCCAGAUUGCCAUCCAUCCUCCGUAUCCAUAGACAUUGUGAACUAGGCUGCAGGUCUAGCCAGCCCCGAAUGCAUGGUUGAAUGAUCAUCAGUGACUCUGCUCCACCAGAUCGCUGACACUAUUAUUCACGUCCAAGGAUCAAUACGGGCUGGGCGGGUGGUGGCGAUCAAAAUCGUCUGCUAGAAAUGAUCCGCGAAGUUUCCAAAGCCGGACGAGAUAUGCUGAAGGUGGAAAGCUAUGAUCUCCAUACUCCGUACUCGCCAAAGUCAAGAACACGAAGCUCGCUGUGACAAGCGGGGCAUCCCACGGCCAGCCAGCCAGCCAGCCUCUGCCGAAGAUUUCCAAGGCACGGAUAAUCUGUCAUCACCAGCAUUUCAUCGACGCCCGCUUUUGAAUGUCUCCAUCGGCCGGGGAUGCGGUUGUUGACGAAAACGGCAGAGGGUUAUAAUUGUCCUGCUCGUCCACGGAGAAACAUGCAUAUGAAAUACAUGGGAAAUGUCAUUUGAAAGCUGAUUUCAUCGACAUUGCAAUACGAUCACGUUUUUCACAACAGCCCCAAUCCCGUGUUUUUACCCCCCCCCACGCCAUGACUGUCGCUCCAGAGGCCCCGGCUCUGACCCCUUACGAGUCUCUGACUCGCAGCUUGCAGUUCGCCGACAAUAGCCAGCAUGUUUGGUGGCAAAAGGUCGGAUUGAUGAUGUCCAAGGUCCUUGGGUCCGCGGAUGGUAGCUGGGAAGAACAGCUCGGUUACCUCCAAUUCUUCGCGCGGAUCGUCCUUCCCCAGCUGGGCCCAUAUCCACGAAAAUUCAACAGCUCUAUCACACGGAGUGGUCUCCCUGUCGAGUUCAGUAUCAAUUACCAGCAAAAUGGAAAACCGCCGGUGGUUCGUGUUGGUUUUGAACCUCUCGGCAACUUGUCGGGAACGGCGAAAGAUCCUUUCAACAAAGUUCCCGUGACUAAACUCCUUCCCGCGCUCUCGCAGCUGCAGAUAUCGGGCUUCGACCUCCAGCUUUGGGAUCAUGUUGUUAAAGAACUCACGAUAAGCGAGGAUGAGCAAACCUCCAUCGAAGGAACAGAGAUCGAUGGCGGGUAUCUCAGGAGCCAAACUGCAUUCGGCUUCGAUCUGAUCGGUGGUGGAGGUGUCUCGGUCAAGGGAUAUGCGUUUCCGGCGUUAAAAUGCAAAGUCACCGGGAAAUCCAUGGCCGAGAUGAUGGCCGACUUCGUCAAGAACACGGAGCAUCUUGUUGACUGCUCAGCCGCGUUUUCGAUGGUACACGCCUACCUGAAGGACAAGGGCUACGACGACAGAGCAUUCUUGUCCUGGGACUUUGUGCAGCCAUCGAAAUCUCGCCUCAAGUUAUAUACUGCUUCCAACAACGUCACUCGGGACAAACUGGAGGAGGCUUGGACCCUCGGCGGGCGGCUUCAAGGUCCUACGGUGUCCAAAGGUCUCCAGUACUUGAAGCUACUUUUUGAUCUCAUCAACCUCGAGGAAGGAGAGCGCCCAGUUGAAGUAGCAUUUGAUGAUAGUAAACAUUCCUCCAAGGCAACGCCCUUGGUUUGGAACUAUGAGAUGAGAGCUGGUGACCCAAAUCCCUUGACGAAGCUCUAUUUCCCUAUUCAUGGGGAGAACGACAUGCAGAUCAUCACUGGAGUGGCCCAGUUCUUCCGCAUGAUCGGUUUGACGGACCUGGGCCACUCCUAUGUAGACACGGUCAAAUCCUACUUUCCGGAUAUUGAUCUAAGUACAACCGAGCGUUUUACUUCCUGGGUUUCUUUCGCAUACACGGAAAAAACCGGUGUGUAUCUGAGUGUCUACUAUCAUUCGUCGACGGACAACCCGUGGGAGACAGAAAAGCCAAGCGGAGCCUGAAGGAGCGAGGUAGUCAAGGAACAGAGCUCAGUUUGAAGUCGAAUAAGCUAAGUUUUGUAACUAGCUAUGU